CAUGAAAAGGCCAGCACCCCAGUGAUGAAAUCCAGUACCCCAACCCCGCGAGGUGAUGUGCCAACUCCGGGCACGAGUGCGUCUUCAGGACCACGUCCGGGCCUCUGCAAACCUCCAGGAAUGGACUCGUUACCCUCAGCAUUAAGGCCACCCUUGGCAGUACCAGGCCCUUAUCCUUCACCUUUUGGGAUAGUGCCUCAUUCUGGCAUCAACGGAGACCUGAACAGCCCAGGAGGAUAUCCAGGCUUGCACAAUAUCUCCCCUCAGAUGAGUGCUGCAGCAGCAGCUGCUGUUGUUGCCUAUGCACGACCCCCUAUGGUUGGGUUUGACCCUCAUCCUCACAUGCGCGUGCCUGGAAUGCCUCCAAAUUUGACUGGGAUCCCCGGUGGAAAACCAGCCUAUUCAUUUCAUGUCACUGCGGAUGGACAAAUGCAGCCUGUGCCUUUUCCUCCUGAUGCCCUGAUCGGACCAGGAAUCCCAAGACAUGCUCGGCAAAUCAACACACUGAGCCAUGGUGAGGUUGUGUGCGCAGUGACCAUCAGCAAUCCCACAAGACAUGUGUACACUGGUGGGAAGGGUUGUGUGAAGGUUUGGGAUAUCAGCCAGUCUGGCAGCAAGAGCCCAGUGUCACAGCUGGACUGCUUGAACAGAGACAACUACAUUCGAUCAUGCAAGUUAUUACCUGAUGGUUGUACCCUGAUUGUUGGUGGGGAAGCCAGUACGUUAUCUAUCUGGGACCUGGCAGCUCCAACUCCUCGUAUAAAGGCAGAGUUGACAUCCUCUGCUCCUGCCUGCUAUGCUCUGGCUAUCAGUCCUGACUCCAAAGUCUGUUUCUCCUGCUGUAGUGACGGUAAUAUUGCUGUAUGGGAUCUGCACAAUCAGACAUUAGUCAGGCAGUUCCAGGGUCACACAGAUGGAGCCAGCUGUAUUGACAUUUCAAAUGAUGGUACCAAACUUUGGACGGGAGGUUUAGACAACACUGUAAGAUCCUGGGAUCUCAGAGAAGGAAGGCAACUGCAGCAGCAUGACUUCACGUCUCAGAUCUUCUCUCUUGGUUACUGUCCGACUGGAGAAUGGCUGGCUGUGGGGAUGGAGAGCAGCAAUGUCGAAGUGCUGCAUGUAACAAAACCAGACAAAUAUCAACUGCACCUCCAUGAAAGCUGUGUUCUGUCCCUUAAAUUUGCGUAUUGUGGUAAAUGGUUUGUAAGCACUGGAAAAGAUAACCUUCUAAAUGCAUGGAGGACGCCUUAUGGAGCCAGCAUAUUCCAGUCUAAAGAGUCAUCCUCAGUGUUGAGCUGUGAUAUCUCAGUGGAUGAUAAAUAUAUAGUCACUGGCUCUGGAGAUAAGAAAGCAUCUGUCUAUGAAGUUAUUUACUAACAUCUGCAACUGAGAAAACAUGUCUAGAACUUCUUCUUCAAAAACAAAUGCACCGUCCUAGGCUUCAGAACUUUUAAAAGAUGUUUUUCUGAAUGCCUAUACUGAAGGACUGAUCGUCAGUGCACCAAUGAUUGACUGGAUCAAAGAAAACUCCAUCGAAUAGGCGCAAUUAGCUGUUUUUGGUAGUCCCAAAAAAUUCCAGGACCCUGCUUUGUAGAACCCUGGAUUAUUAGAACAGCAUUUGAAUCCUCUCUGACCUCAUGUUGUAUUUUUGUUAUUGCCUGAAUUGCUGCAUUUGUGGAGUUGCCUAACCAGAUGUUCAUUUGUUCUUUGAAAGACUUUCUGUCCUUUGUAGUGCAAUGGUAUUCCAGUUGAAACUGGAUCCUGGGUUAUUGCAUCUUGUGAACUGUAUUUUGUAUCUUGGUGGAGCUCAGACAUUUGUACAAAUUGUAAAUAUUCAGUUUAAUACAGUAAAGACAGUAUUGAAAAAAGUGGUUUUGUAACUUUUUAAAAAUUUUGCUGCAAGAUAAAGAGGGUUCAAACAAGGAUCCAAGCUAGUAAGAACAUCAUCAUUAUUCAGUUAUGUACCAGAGUUUCAAGCAAGUGGAAUAAAAUUAGUUCAGAACUAUGUGCAA